AUGGUAAGGAUUGAAUCUGUUGUGGAACAAGGAAUGGCGACUAGAAGAAGUAACAGAAUUGCUGAACGAAGACGAAUUACAAAUCUUGAGCAAGAAGAAGAAAGAGUGGAUGAACAUCAAAGAACAAAAAUUCCAAUUGGAUCUCAGCGAGGACAAGGACAGAAUAAUGAUAUAGAUUAUGAUAGAGUGAGUGUACAUACUGUAAUAACAGACGAAAGACAGAGAAUUGGGAACGAAGAACCAAUUACAGUGAGUGAAGGAAAUAUGACGAUUGCAGAGCUUAGGCAAAGAUUACUAAUUGAAAGAAAGAGAGAAGAAGAGGAGCGUGCGAAUUUAAUCCGUCAAAAUGAUGAUUUACGAGAAGAGAAUCUUAGAUUACAAGAACAAAGGUCAAGGAGUGCUACACGCUCAAGGUCAAGAUUCAGUAGGAGUUCUUCCCGACAGAGUCAAUCUAAUCGAAGAAAUGAUAGGCGAAAGGGACGCGAGCGUCAUCGCAUAGAUGAUAUAUAUCAAGGUCGAGUUACACCACAAGAAAGAGAAGUAUCAAGACAUCGAUAUGAUAGCACAUGCAAUGAAGAAAGACAUUAUAGAGUACAAAUUGAAGCAAAUAAUGAAAGGCGUAGGCGAAGAAGAGAAGAAGCUGAACAACAGGAAAUACAAGAAGCAAUACGCCAAAACAAUCAUGAGAAUAGAUUGAGACAAGCAAGAUUAAAAACACCCAUGCAAGAAGAUUUGGAUCAAUCAUUCAACAAAGAAAUUCUCAAGAAGAUGGCAAAAUUAAGAGAAAUGAUGACUGCAAAAAGAAAUGAUGGAAGAAGACAACUAGAGGAAGCAGUGGACGAAGCUGGAAAAAAUCCAUUUACAAAAGAAAUUCAAAGAGCACCCGUACCAUCUAAGUGCAGUUUACCGGCAUUUACAAGUAUAUUUGAUGGAAGUGCAUGUGCGAUAUAA